AUGGAGGACUGUAUUUCCAACUCGUACGACAUCGCAGACCCUCGUAUCUACACCAUGAUAUUCCACGUUCUCACAGCCAUAGAAAUCCCUAUACAUAUUUUUGGAAUCUAUUGUAUCUUGUGGAAGACACCGAUACAAAUGAGCUCAGUGACAUGGCUCAUGUUGAAUUGUCAUAUUUUGAAUGUUUUGCUGGAUUUAAGUAUCAGUUUCCUGUCCAUUCCAUUCAUUUUUCAUCCUACAUUUUCUGGAGUUUCAUUGGGAAUUUUAGAUUUUCCGGAACUUGAAGUAUAUUUAGUGUUGACAUUAAUUGGAUUGGUCGUUGUUUCAAUAUGGGGUAUCUAUGAAAACCGCUACUAUGUGUUAUUUGCCAAGGGAAACAACACAAUGUGGUGUUGGAUAAGAAAACCGAUUAUGGUUAUCAACUACCUAGCGGCAAUCAUGUUCUUCAUUCCUCCGUACUUUGUGAUACCAAAUCAAACUGAAGCAUAUCUGAAAACUGCAAAGGGUCUCCCAUGUAGACUAGAACCCUCCUACGACGGUCGUAAGGUCUUCUUACUUUCUGAUGGCCAAGGAUUACCUUUGUACUGUAUUUGUUUUGUCUUUGUUCUCACUAUAUCUCAAUGUAUUCCUCUGUUUAUUGUCAUUAUCAUAAAACUAAUACUGCAAGGCCGUAAGAAGGAAUCAGCAAUUUCUUCUCGAACAGUGAAAAUCAGAAAGAAGUUUGUAAUCGCUCUGGUCAUUCAGACUGUGAGCCCAUUCUUCCUUAUAAGCCUUCCUGUAGAGUAUCUAGCCAUUGCUACAUUUAUUAACUAUUACAAUAGAUCAUUGAACUGCUUCUCAGUGGUGUUAUUUUCUCUUCAUGGUAUUUGUUCUACAUUGACAAUGAUAUUCAUCCAUCAACCUUAUCGAGAUGUCACCAUUGACACAAUCUAUAAGUUGUUUGCAAUGAAAAGGAAAACUAUUAAUUCCAGGAAAAUAAGUGUAAUACCUCCUGCCAUUCAACUAUAA